CUGGUACCAGCUCCUGGGUGAGUGGGUGUGACCUGUGCAGAGAGAGAGAUGACACAUCGGGAAGUACGUCAUCUUGUCAUCACUGUGACAUUACAAGAAUUGCAGCCAUGGCUUACCUCUUUAUAAACGUGAACCCGUGCACCUUUCAGUCCAGCCUCAGCCUGCUGCGAAGCCGGUCAGCCAUGCGGAUCCUGUACCUGCUGGGCGUGUUGCUCCUCUUGUUCCUGAUGCCCGUUCCAGGUCACAGCGGGAUCAUCAGCGCAGUACAGAGGUACUAUUGCAGAAUACGGGGUGGCCGGUGCGCCAUGCUGGGCUGCCUCCCCAAGGAGGAGCAGAUAGGCCGCUGCUCUCUCCGGGGUCGGAAAUGCUGCCGCAAAAAGAAAUAGGGAUCAGACGUGAGGAGAAUGUUGGGGCGAUCCCUCCUUCAAGUUUAUAAAGCUAAAACCAAAUUAAAAUUUUUUUUCAAAAAUUUA